CAGCCGCUCCAGGCCAUAAUUAUGCAAGCUUGCGUAGUAGGGUGGAGUCCUCUCACCAGGAUUGUUUGUUGGAAGAGUGAGCUAUCAUGCAGACUCUUGUUUGCAGGAGCACUCUGCUAUGCAGUUACAUUGCCUUGCCCUUUAUGGUUGGUGGAAAGGAGAGUUGUCUGACUUUUCACAACAUGUCCAGUCCUCCCAGUUCAGGUACCACAGUUUUCCUUGGUCUCUGGACUGGACUGUGUCUGAUCGCUACUUCUUUCUCCCCACUGACAAGACCCUAGCCACAUACAUCUGGAUAGACGCUACUGGACAGCAAAUGCGUUCAUACAUUUUACGUUGGAUGAGGUGCAUUUGGAUGUAAGUUGACUUGUUUCUAAAUGGGGUGUAUUCCACCUUGGUCUGCUCCUGCAUAUGAGCUGUAUAUACCAGUUUUAUGUACACCUUAGCCUUUUGAGCCCUUUUGAGUACUGUAUGCUGAGCUGCAAACACUGUGCAUAAAGAAAUGGAUUGCUUCCUACAUUUUUGUACAGGG